AUGAACGCUGCUAGCGGUCCCCAAUUGCAACUCAAUCUGUCAGCGGCGAACACAUCAUUCAAGCGGUCGUUCUCUGAGCUUGGCUUCGAUCCAGACAGUCCUCUUAACGAGACCGGGAGCAGUGGCUCAAGCGUCGAAGGCAGUGAGCGCAGCAAACGCUCCAGAAGCGAAGGCAGCGACAUCGAUGCCCUCCUCCAUACCUCUGCAUCAAGCUCGACAAGUACCCCUUCCAGCAGCUCACAGACUGCCUCCACGACUACACUAUGUCCUGGUGAAACGAUGUUUGCGAGCCAUGUAGGCAGCUCAUCUGUGAGCCUCGUGGCAAACGAGCCUGAAGUUCUGCCGUCCCCAAUGGAUGGGAUUGAAGGAUCAAGUCAGUCAUCACUGGAAAAUCGUAUACAAACGACCUCCAACCCCGAAGAUGAGCAGUAUAGAAUAUCAAUGGAGCGCUUCAAUGCAUUCGAUAGUAACAUCUCUCUGUUGCGACGUUCACCUUCGCCAGUUCUGGACUCUCAAGUUGGCAACCAACCUGCUCCUAACAGGAGUGCUUCUGACCCCGCAGUGGUGCCAGGUGGCCGUCCUAAUGGCGAUGACCUAUUUCGGCGGACAGCCUCGCCACCCCCAUUAUCAGAACUAUUCCAUAGUGUCCCGCGCUUUCGCUCUGUCUCAUCCCAGUACAACUUUGAGCCGUGGUUCGACGCAAUGGCGCCAGACCAGCGCACGUUGAGUCUUCCAUCUCUAGAGGCCCUGACGGCCUAUCAAGUACCACACGAGGUCGCAUAG